CAGAGUUCUGUGGAAUUCCUUGUUAGUGAAUGCUGAAUAGGCUACUGCUUUAGUUGCCCCCUUUAAAUUAUGUAUUUGUUUCCCCCUUUGGCACAGCAGUCUGAUGCACAGGGAUGCAAUCGGCUGAGAAGAGCGAUCCAGAAACCUGUGCAGACCUUUCUCGAGGGCUUCUUCCUUCCCAGGUGGUGGCAGCAAUUUUGGCAGAUUAAAAGUCGAACCCCAGGCCUCAAACUCUCUGCUGCCCCCUGUGGAUUCAAAGCCAUGUCUGCUGAUGCCAGACCCCUAAAGCCUCUCAUUGCAGUCUGCCAGACGACCUCGAUCCCCAACAAAGACCAUAACAUGGAAUGCUGUUCACGCCUCAUCCGGGAGGCAGCCCAGCGGGGCGCCUGCAUUGUCUUCCUCCCUGAAGCCUUUGACUUCAUUGGCAGCAACACAGAAGAGACCCUCAGCUUGGCUGAGCCCCUGGAAGGUGAUCAUGUCCAGCAUUAUGCUGGCCUAGCCAGAGAUUGUGGGGUCUGGUUGUCCCUCGGAGGUUUCCAUGAGAGAGGCAGUGAUUGGGAAAGCACACACCGAAUCUACAAUUGCCACCUCCUUCUGGAUCCCAAAGGAAACCUGGCAGCAGCCUAUAGAAAGACUCACCUGUGCGAUGUGGAGCUGGAGGGACGGGUGUCCAUGAAGGAAAGUGCCUUCACCAAUCCGGGUUUGGAGAUUGUAUCCCCUGUCAAUACCCCAGCUGGAAAGGUUGGCCUGGCAAUCUGUUACGACCUACGUUUCCCGGAAAUGUCACUCGCUCUGGCCCAGGAAGGGGCGGAGAUUCUGACCUAUCCCUCCGCCUUCACAGUGACCACAGGCUCUGCCCACUGGGAGGUGCUGCUGCGAGCUCGUGCCAUUGAGACCCAAUCCUACGUGGUAGCAGCUGCUCAGACAGGCAAGAACCACGAAAAACGCACCUCCUACGGCCAUGCCAUGAUAGUAGACCCCUGGGGCAGUGUCAUCGCCCAGUGCCAAGAGGGACCAGGGGUCUGCUACGCCGAGAUUGACCUGGCUUACUUGCGCCGCAUCCGGCAGGAGAUACCCGUCUUCCACCACCGUCGGACUGACCUCUAUGGCCGGGUAGCCCCUCUGAAGAGCCCUGUGACAUCAUGACUGGGCAGCGUGCCUGCUGCACCCAGAACUCCCAGCUGCUGUUGGACUGGCCUCCAGAAUCAGGGGGUAUUACUCACAUAAUCGUGAGGAAAGGAGCAGCCUGUUUUUUCCUGGACCUAAUCGAUUGGCACGGUUAAUUUGCGCACUGCCAAAGAGCUGUGGUUCUUGUGGGAGUGGGUAUAAAGUGGGACUGACAAACUGGGGACCCGUAUAUGCCAGAUUUAAGAACGCUGCUGCUAGAAAACCAACUCCUGCCCACUCCUGCCGUCACUGGAAAUAUCAUCUUGGUCACAGAUUCCUUCUAUGCCUCUGCACUUCAGCAGUUUCCAGUAGAUCACCUUUCACCUAAAUAAACCUUUAUUGUCACUUAA